CCCCCCCUCUCCCCCUCGGCACCCACACCAUGCCGCCGCCAAAGCGUCCCUCCAAGCCCCUCGUAGCUCUCAUCCUCGGCGGUACUGCCACCGUCUCCCUCCCCCUCGCCGCCAGCUUGCUCAAGCUCGGCGCGGUCUACGUCCGUAUUGCCGACCGCUUUUCCGUCGAUCCUCCUACGUGCUACAUCGACCCCAUCUUCAAGGUUCUCCUCCGCGACCCCAGAGUAGAGUACCGCCAGUCCAACCUCUCCAAUACCGACAAGUAUCCCAGUCUUUUUGAACCACCCGCCGAAGGCACAGGAUGGCAGCGCUUUGACGUCGCCUUUGACCUCACAGGCGAGAUGAGCUACGACAAACCCGAAGUCAUCCAUAUUGCCAACACAUAUUUUGUCGCUCUCGGCCUCGCAACGUACGCAAACGGCCUAGACACAGCACACAGGCCCCUCGCAUACGUCCGUCUACAGAUGCCGUUCUACGAGAUGAAAUCCGGCAGCUCCAAGGGGUACACUGAAAACGACAAGCUGAAACCCGACGGAGUGCGCGGGCGUUGGUGGCACGAGGCAUUGCGCGGUAUCGCCAAGCUGCCUAAUCUCAACUUUGGUGUCGUGCGCUGUGCAGCGUGGUAUGGCCCGGGACGGUGGGACGCUGAGGUUAUCCCUCGGCUCGUCGUGGGGCAUGUGUACGCGUACCUUGGCGAGGAGAUGAAGUUCCUAUACAACCAUCUUCUCACCCCUGCAUUGACAUGGGACAACAACAAUAAUAACAACAACAACGCUGCUCUGAGAUUGUAUCUCGGCUGGGCCCGGACGCCACUCGGCUCGGUUCGCUCACACCAGCUCCGACCUUCGCAUCAACACGGUCCACUCCACAGAUGUCGGCCGCGCCAUGUACCUAACAGCCCUAUGGCUCAUGCAGACCCCGCGCGACCAAGUGCUAAGAGAAGCCGGCACUGAGCUGCACUUUCCCUU